GGAGCCACAUUAGCAUGACCGUGGCGCUAAUUGAGGCCACGCGACCCUGCGUCCGUGCGAGGCGAAUCCUUUUCCGCCCUUCCCUUCCCGCGCCUCGCUCCUCGCAUCCCCAACUUUCUUCUCGCCUUUCUCCAUUGCUCGAUCGUCCAAACACCCACCGGAAUCUUGGAUCCGGUCAAUCGACUGAGCAAAGCGGCAAAGACAUGCCGUGAUUGUCGGCGUCAUUGAUCCGCAGCUCAGCAUCAUCGUCACAGACCAGCAUAUACUCUCGUGUCAGCCCAGCAUACACUCUCGCCUCGGCAUGUCCAACAUCCUCGUGUACUCAGGUCCCGGCGUCUCGACCACGGCACUUGCGCAUACCCGCAAAGCGCUGCGCGACCUCUGUCCAUCAUACGACGUGCGUCCUACAUCAGCAGAAGAGCUAGCGCUGCAGCCAUGGCAGGCCAACACGUGCCUCGUCGUCAUUCCAGGCGGGCGAGACCUGCCUUACGUCGCCGAGUUCUCCAAACCACGAGCGCGAGAGGACGGCGUGGAGGUGACGGCGCAGGAUGCCGUACGAGCCUGGGUUGCGGAAGACGGUGGGAGCUUCGUGGGUAUCUGUGCAGGUGCCUACUUCGCAUCGAGCUGGUGCAGCUUCGAGGAGGGGAGCAAGAUGGAAGUCGUUGGACCGAGGCCGGGGUUAGAGUUCUACCCUGGCGAGUGCAGGGGGACGGUCUACAAGGGAUUCGUCUACGAGAGUGAUGCGGGAGCGAGGGUGGUACGAUUGGAUGCAGCAGAUGGGAAGCGCACGGCUAUGCACUACAACGGCGGCGGGGCGUUCAUGGACGCUGCGAAUCAGCAGGGCGUCACGACGUUGGCCAAGUACCCGAGCGACGAUCACUACAUUGCCUCUCCCAGCUACGCCGGACAAGCUGCGGUCGUACACUGCCAGAUCAACAGCGGCCAAGCGAUUCUCUUCGGCACGCACCCCGAAUUCAGCCUUCUCCCUGGCAGCAGGCCUGUCAAGCUCACCGCAGCGCCCGAGACCCUCACGACGGACGGCGAGGCAAAUGCCGCCAAUGGAGCGGAGCAUGUAGCCACAGCGCACGCACGAGAGCUCGAGCAGGCCGACGUGGAGCGUCGCAUCUUCCUCGCGCAAUGUCUAGAGAAGCUGGGUCUGCGCGUCCAAGUGCCAUUAGCCAUACCUCCUGCAGCAUCUUCUUCCGACCUCGCAGCGCAGGGCAAGCUCUCCCUCCUCAUCCUCGUGGGCCCGCCAGCAUCCCUUCGCACAACACUAGACAUACUAGCUCAGCAAGCCGCACAGCUCUCCUCUUCCGAUCCACUCCCACACAUCAAGACUCGCUCAGGACAAUGCGCCACAACUAGCACCGGUUGUGACGACUCUCGCCUCUUCUCGAUGCGCGAUGCGAAUGACACGCUGCACUUCUACUUUGGCAGGGGCAAGACCGUGGCGGGAGAGGCAGCCAAGAUCUGUGACGAGGCCUCGUACGGAGACUUUGCCGAUGAAGAGACAGGCGAGGUGGACCUGCACCGCGUGCCCAAGUACGUCCUCACCUUCCCUAGCGAAGCGGGAGGGACUGGAGAAGGCUCGCUCAAUGCCUGCCCGGAGGCGGCCAUCUGCCGACACUGGGACUGCGAAGCGUACUACAGACACCUCAGCGAGACGAGACAGCGGCUCAUCUCAUCAUCGAGCGACCAUGAACCACUCGGCGACGUCAUCUUGUAUGGCGAGCGGGUCACCUCCACUCAAACUCUCCUCGACAAGAACCCGCGUCUAGCCGCACACCUGCCCUCCGGAUUUGUUGCGUUCGCGACACACCAGAUCUCGGGUCGAGGGAGAGGUGGGAACAGCUGGAUCUCCCCGCUCGGGUGUCUGCAGUUCAGCCUUCUCCUGCACGUCUUGCCCACAAGCCCGCUGGGAGCAACGCCGAUGAUUGUGGGCCCGAAGCUCGUCUUUGCGCAAUAUCUUGCCGGCCUGGCCAUCGUCGAGGCAGUGCGACAGGGUCUGGGCGAAGAGUACGCUGCUGUGGGGAGGAAGAUUCGCCUCAAGUGGCCCAACGACAUCUACGCCGAGACGAGCAGCGAUGAGCGAUCAGCUUUCAAGCAUAUGGGCAAGUCAUGGGCGAAGAUGGGCGGUAUUCUCGUCAACUCGCACUACAGCUCGGGCAAUUGGCAGAUCGUCGUCGGGUGUGGGGUGAAUUGCCUCAAUCCCCUGCCCACGACAUCACUCUCGGCGCUCAUCGACGAUCACAACGCUGCGACGGGUGCUUCACUCCCACACGUAACGCAGGAGAAGUUAGCGGGCGCAGUCCUCGCUAGCUUCGAGCGGGUCUGGGCCGACUUCCUGGCUUGUGGGGGACAAUGGGCCACGCCGUCCGGCUUCGGCGGUCCGUCGCUCGCUCAACGAUACCGCGACGUAUGGCUGCAUAGCGACCAGCCCACUCUCCUCACGACCGUCUCACCGCCACAGGAGGUGCGCAUCGUGGGCAUCGCAGCAGACACAGGCAUGUUGCGUGUCGUACCCGCUUCUGGGCCAGGAGCCAGAGCCGGAUUCAGUGCGGGCUCAACGCUCAGCUGCGACGACGAUGCUGCGUGGUCGCCUUCGCUGCGUGGCCGUGAUGACGUCUGGCACUUGCAGCCGGAUGGAAAUAGCUUCGAUAUGCUCAAGAACUUGAUCAAGGUCAAGGCGUGACGCUCAGCGCGGGCUGUGACGAUACAAUGUGUAUUGUACAUAGAGUGACAAUGCCAUGCGGACUACGCUCCUCUCCAACCACUCUCUGCCUGCCUCUCGUAGCUGGUCCACGCCUAAGUACCGAAUCCAGCCCAUGUCAAGCUGAAGAAGAUCGGCUUUCCCUCUCCUUCAUCGAUCCCCUCUCCACGCUCAUCCUUGGUCGCGAGCACGUGUACCUUCUUGACGGCUGUUCCCAGCCUUCCAUCCGCAAUCAGCUUCCCCGCCGCGAUCCCCUCGUUCCUGUCCUUUGGCACCGUAAGCGUAUAGUGCGAGUGGUAUCUAAAGGGAUCGCCCGGGUAGGCA